CGCGAAGAGAUGUUCCUGAGAAUAUUUCUGCUCAUCAUACUCCUGAUUGUCGAGGUUCGUGGAGCCUGCUAUCGGGUUCCCCAGGGAGCCUCCGGAGAACGAUCGGCAGUGGAUGAGAACUUCAAGAUCCUAAUCGAUGGCAAUCCAGCAACCUAUGUACCAGAGCAUCAGUACAAUGUUUCGCUAUCCUGUCCCAUAAACCUGAAGUUUCUGAGCUUCACCUUGGUUGUCGAGGCCGAGGAUCAGUCGAGCCUCAUUGGUGGUCAGGAUAUGAUCGGUCACUUUGAACUGCUGGGCACCACGGAAACCCGUUUCAGUUCCAGCUGUGAGAACAUGGUGGAGAACACGAAUACCAAUGCCAAGACCCACAUAGAGGUUUCCUGGAUAGCGCCACGUCAUCCCGACAGCGGUUGUGUGCUGAUCAAGGCGGGCGUGGUCCAACAUCGAGAUGUGUGGUUCCUGGACGAUGGUUUCCUGACCAAGCGCAUCUGUCCCGAGGAAAUUGACGAGCUAAACAUCCUGACGCCUUCUUUAGAGAACUGCUGCGCCUGUGAUGAAGCCAAAUAUGAGAUUGUUCUAGAGCGCAAGUGGGCCAGGAACACACAUUCCAAGGACUUUCCCGCCGAGGCUUCGAGGACACGCUUGGGAGAGCUAAUUGGUGCUUCCCAUAGCCACGGCUAUCGGUAUUGGUCCUACGGAGGAAGAGCUAGCCAGGGCCUCAGGGAGAUGGCCGAGCAUGGAGCCACCCGCACGCUGGAGAAUGAGAUCAGGGAGAACACUCAAAGUGGCGAAGUGCGGACUAUUAUCAAAGCUCCUGGCAUUGCACACCGCCUGAAUGCCUAUGGAACAACGCUGGCCAAUGCUCGUGUGGAUCCUGUGCAUCAUCAAAUCUCACUGGCCUCCAAGAUAGAGCCUUCUCCCGAUUGGAUACUGGGUGUGGCGGGACUGGAACUUUGCCUGAGCAACUGCACAUGGCUGGAAAGAAAGGUGUUGAAUCUGUAUCCCUGGGACAUUGGCACCGAUUCGGGUCCUUCUUAUAUGUCCGCAGAUCAGCCACAGGUGCCACCGGAUGUGGUACGCCGCAUAACAUCAUCCUAUCCCAGCGACGAUCGUUCGCCAUUUUACGACAAAACUGGUGCCUCAAUGAAGCCAUUGGCCACACUUUAUUUGACCCGGAAGAAGCUUUACAUCCGCGAGUGCGAAGAGGUUCCAGAGGAUGGACCCAUGGAGUGCGCUGUGCAUCCCUGGAACGAAUGGACCAACUGCAGCACGCGUUGUGGUCAGGGUUAUGCCCAUCGUCAGCGGAGCUACAAAAAUCCCAGCUUGGCCGAAAAUUUCAACUGCGAUCGUCGCUUGGAGGAGGUGCGUCAAUGCGAGGGAACCCAAUGUGGAGCAGCGGAGGAGGAACCGGAAGGUGAGGAGCCCGGCCUGGGCAUGGAGAAUCCUCCACCAGGAGGUGGCUCAUUGGCCGAAUGCCAGCUGAGCAACUGGAGCGAAUGGUCGCCCUGCUCCAAGACCUGCGGACGAGGAUCCUCCACUCGCAACCGCGACUACUACAAUCCGCAGGCCAGGCAACGUUGUUUGUCCGUCAUGCGAUUGCCGUUGGAGGAAACCAGGCAGUGCAUGGGUUCAGAUUGCGGAGGCACCAUUCCGGAUAAUGGAGAACUUGACGCUUUGCCGGAACCGGAUUUCUUUAACGAGAGAGAUCAGGGUGGUUAUGGUGGGAGAACCACAAACUGGAACAACAGACAGGAGAAUAGUAGAAAGGGUUAUGAUAGAUCUCCCUAUAAUUCCAGGGACAACUCGCAGGAGUCACCGAACUCACCCUUUGAUCAGAUAGAGAAUCAACAGCGACCUCCUUAUAAUCCAUCUGAAAACUUUAAUGGUUACGACAAGGGAUUUCCUCCCUCGAAUACCUACAGCAAUGAUAAACUAGUGGGCAAUAGACCUGGUUACAAUGACUUAAAUCAGGGCUAUAACAAUAACAACCCCUACAAUGAUUACACUACUCCUAGCUUUAGACCCGUAUUUACCACUCGCUCUCCUUUUGGUGGUCGGUAUCCCUCUAGGCAGCAGGAUGAGGAGGAAACCCCCAGCGAUAACAGUGCCAACUAUAAUGUGGUUCAAGAUUACUGCUUCGAGAAACCCUACGCAUCUACAAGACCUUGUUUAGCUAAUCCAGUAGUGGUAAGCAACUUCUGGUUCUUCGACCACGAAGAUCACGAGUGCAAGAUCUUCACCACGGAUAACUGCGAUGAGAAUAGGAACCGCUUUCGUACUCUAAUGGCCUGCGAGGGUACUUGUCUGCAGCCACAAAUGAACAUGGAGCGAUCCGAAAACGAUGCCAUGGAUCCGUACGGAACAGGAGGUUCCUAUGACCAAACGCAAACGGGAGGUAGACCUUAUGAUCAAAGUGUUGGAAGAUCGGGAGCUAGAUCGUAUGAUCAACUAGGAGGUAGGACGGGAGGAGGAAGCUAUGAUCAAAUGGGAGGUAGACCGGCAGCAGGAAGCUAUGAUCAAACUGGAGGUAGAUCUUAUGAUCAACCGAUUGGUAAGUCAUAUGAUCUUACAAGAGGAAGAUCCUAUGACCAAACAGGGGAUAGAUCCUAUAACCGAAUACAAGGUAAAUCCUACACUCAAACUGGAGGUAGAUCCUAUGACUCAACAGAUGGAGGAGCUUACGGCUCGCAAUUCGUCGAAGCAGCUGGCGAUAUUGGGGAACCAAUGUCGCAAACAAAAAGCAGAUACGAAACUUCAAGACGCGGUCGUUAUGGUUUUUAA